UAUUGAUCCAUGUUUCAGCUCGGAUAAAGAUGGAAAUACUCGGUAGGAUAGCAACGAAAUCUAAAGGGCAUGAAAGAUACUUAUUUUGCUUAAGAAUGUUUACUCUUUGUGAAGACCUUUAGGAAAAUUAUAUGGUUCGCUGAUAGAAUACAUCUUUUAAAAUAAUAAGAAGAAAAAUGUCUCAGAGUAAAUGGAUCGUAUUAAUAGUUGCAAUAAAUAUUAAUAUAAUACACAGGAAAAGGUAGCUUCUAGUAUUAUGAAGGUUUCUACAAAAUUCUACCUAAUAGUAUUUAUAUGCGCAACUACUUUAUUUGUCCAAUUUCACAUUUAUACACCCUACGCAACAAAAGAAUACUCUUAUGAUAAAAAAAUGCCGUGUGAAGCUUUAGCGAACAAAUAUGCUUCUGAUCUUCCUUAUCUCUAUAUAAUUACUCCAACGUAUCGGAGACCAGAACAGCUUGCCGAGCUUACGCGCAUGUCUCAUACUCUUAUGUUAGUACCAAAUGUGAUAUGGUUAGUUAUAGAGGAUGCCUUCAUGAUUAACAAUUUUGUUCAAGAGAUUUUACAGAAGUCUGGGAUUAAGUAUUAUUAUAUGGUUGCACCCAUGCCAGCACAAUACAGGAACAAAACAAAAGGGCCAAGACCAAGGGGCGUUUCAAAUAGAAAUAAGGGACUUGAAUGGAUCAGGAAGAAUGCUUAUGAUGGAGUGUUCUAUUUUGCAGAUGACGAUAACACGUAUGAUCUGGAUUUAUUUAAGGAGAUUCGAUACACAAAGACUGUAUCAAUGUUCCCCGUCGGACUUAUAACUAAAGCUGGAAUAAGCUCUCCCAUAGUCCGAAAUGGGAAAUUUAAAGGUUUUUAUGACGGAUGGAUUGGGGGAAGAAAAUUUGCAUUAGAUAUGGCUGGAUUUGCAGUGUCAGUACAAUUUUUUUUAUCAAGACCCCAAGCGUUAAUGCCUUAUAAGCCAGGAUUUGAGGAAGACGGUUUUUUAAGAAGCUUGGCACCAUUUGAGCCUUUUGAAGCCGAGUUAUUAGCUUCAAAUUGUACCCGCAUUCUUGUAUGGCACACACAAGCAAAAAAAAAUGAACCGUCUUGGCCUCUGGAUUAUUCAAAAUAUAAAAAUACUAAUUUAGUAAAACUAAAAAGCAUUUUGGUUUAAAUUAUUCAUGCUGUUGGACAGUUGAUGGUUUUUUUUUAAAUUUAAAUUGUAAAGUACAUCUUAGAGGUUAAUCACUGAAAUAUGUAGAAGAAAUACGGGAAAACGUAUUUAAUGCUGUUAAAUCCAAUAUUUUUAUACUCAGUCACAAUUUUAUAUGAUUUAAUGAAUAAGUCUAUUUUAUUCAGUUCUAUUGGAUUUUGUUUUGGCCACAUGUUAUUAAAUAUCAUCAAGGAAAAUUUUUGCAUUAAAAGUUGUAGAUACGCUAAAAAACCUUUGGGGCUUUCCAAAGGAGUCCGAAAAAACCUAAAUCAAAUAUGAAUAUUAGAUAAUAAGCCGAAGGAACCAUCAUAUAAUGUAAAGCAAUACUUAUAUCUUAUUUUGCUUUUUUUUUGUUAUUUAUUUUUUCUUAAGCUUGGAACAAAAAAUAUGCUGAUAACUAAAGCACGCCAUAAUAAACAUGGGAAAGAGGAGACCAUUGCCUAUUCAAAUUAUCUUCAAAACUUGUUAUCCGUUGAAGUGAUUACGAAAACCAAUAUAUCAAAAUCUUUAUUUUAACUUGACAACAAUGUUAUAAAUCUUAUUUUAACAAUUUAUCUUAGGAAAAUAUUCGAAUUUCCUUUGUGAUCGAAUAUUCUGAAUAUUACAAACUCAAUUAAAAUAUACUCCUUAUUCAAAGUUUUACUUUCAACUAGUAGGAUUGAAACGUUUCAAAUCAUUUCUUGGUUUAUGGUUAACAACUCUAAUUUGCUAAUUGAUCUUUUGCAAGACAGAGCAGAAGUCUCAUUAUUAUCAUGUCUGAUACUCUUGUGCGAGAUAAAUGGAAUAUCGUAAAAGUCUAAACAACAAUAAAGCUCUCAAAUCGAGUAUUUUGUAUUCCAAAGGUAAUACCUGAUUGUGAACAAUUUAUAUCAUAACGUAAUCCUACUUAAUCCUAAAUAUGUUUAUUGCUGACUGCCUGAUAUCACGUUUAGACAAAUUGGAUAGAGAAGGCCAAUUUGCUUUAUCGAAUUCGAAACUUUAAAGUGCAUUAGUAAUUAGUACCUAUCAUAUAUUUUUAAAGGGCCUUAUUACAGCAGCCAACCACUUCCAGAGGAUUAUAAUCUAAGAAGGAAAAUGAACAGAAAACUAGUAAAAAGGGUAAUGGAAUAAUCAGUACAUUCGCAGCUUAUUCUCUUGUAAAUGCAAUAAUUCAAUCAACAAACAAUAUUAAGAAAAAUAGAGAAAGCGGCAAAUUCCUAGGUUCUGACGGAUAUAUAGUUAUUAUGCUUAGCCAUUAUUUAAAUAUAUAUACCAAAACUCACUUUUAUCCAAAAUUGUAAUGUAAUAUUCUAGAACUUUUUUAUUGUAAAUAUCACGACAUUGUAGAGCAAAGCAAUUAUUUGCAGUCCAAACAUUUUCUCCUCUUUUUAAUUAUCAUGUUUAUAAUAGUUUGCUUUCGUUCUAAAAUGCUGCCAGACAUCUGACAUAUCAAAUUUGCACAAUUAUGUCUGAUACUUUAAGAUAAUUAAUCUAUACCAUACCUCGGGGAUGUAUUAGUGUUAUUAAAAACAGACGUGUUGAAUCUGGUAUGUGAUUAAUUAUAUUAAUUAUUAUUUUUAAAUUACUUUUCUGUUGCCAGAAGUGUAUCUUAACAAUUUUUGCCCGAAAUAUGGUUAGUAAUAAUAAACUCUUAUUACACAUUUGAAAUGCAGUAUAUUAUGUAGCUGUGUCGAUGCUUUUAUAUUUUUAAGUUUUUUUCGUCAUUCGAUUGUUUCACUCGUUACUUGUCUAGGUAAUUUUUUCUUCGAUUAUCGUUUCUUUUUCAUCUCUUGGAAACAGGUCUUCUGGGAGGUACCUAGUAGAAUAUAUUAGCUCAUUUCAACAGAAAUAUCACUAUCAUUUUGGGGGGUAUUCUCAUCUUACUACUGGCCCUCAUUAACUUAAGACAAGUUGCCCCAAAACACAUUUUAAAUUCAAAUAUAUAAUUCACACUUAUUCCUUUAGAUAAAAAAUUUAGGCACAUACAAAAAUACUAAGGGAUCAGCCAUGAUCAGAGUCACAGAAGUCAAUAAUAGGCCUUACAAAACGGCACUCUUGCAUUCCAUAAUACGGUUGCAGGGUUAGACAGUACCGCUUAUCUCAACAUACUAUUGAUCCUGCAAGUACGUCUCAAUAAGGGCACAAGAAAUCUGGUUCAGACCAUAUCAGGAGAUUACAUCGUUAAAUGAAUCUAAAUCAAUGUUUAUCUAUAAAAUAAUAUUUCAAUCAUAAAGCGUAUUGUCACCAUCAAAAAUGCAGAAGAAUAUAUGUUACUGCUUAAAACUUAAGUAUACUUAACACAUUUGAUACCGGUGUACUAAAAAAUGUAUUGGCUAUUUGAAAAAAAUUGCCAUGCACAUGUCUCCUUCAUAACAUAUCUUUAAUGAUUGAAGUAAAACUGGAAAUAAAACACCGUUCUCGCGAUUCUUUUACUUCAGUCUCUAAAGUCAUGCGCUUAUUGAAUUUUUUGUAAUGGAAAAUUUAUUUAUCAAAGAUAAUGUAAU